AUGCAUCGUACGCUCCCUCGAAUCUGUACAACCAUCACUGAAGGGAUCUAUAGCAACGAGGUGACCGCCGCGAUCGAGAUCGAGCACCGCCAUCAGGCCCACGAGGAGGCGGAACUCGAGGCGGACGAGGAGCUCCAGCACCGCGCCAAGAUCGUCGGGACGAGUAUCCACGAGAUGGCGUUCGAAAGUGAAUGGGUUCACGACCGAUACGAGGACGACAAGUACGACCGCAUGCAUUCUCGGCCAGUAGAAGACGAUCGAUAUGCUGGUGGUCGAGGCCAAGAAGCCAGCAACGGCGCAAAAGUGAGAGUCGAAAACAUCCACUACGACAUCACCGAAGAGGACCUGCGUUCCCUCUUCGCCCGCAAAGGCGCCCUAGUCUCCUGCACGAUGAACUACGACCGCUCAGACCGCAGCACCGGCACAGCCUGGGUAGUCUACUCCGAUCCUCAUGACGCGCGUGACGCAGUCGAGGACUUCGAUGGCCAGAAUGCCCAGGGCCAGAAGAUUCGAGUCACUCUGGUCCCCUCGGGACCGGCUGAGAGAGGUGGUGGGGUGAGUGGUGCACCUGGUGGCCCUCGAGGUCCGGCAGCUAGGGAGAGGAGUCUGUUCGACAGGAUACAGCCGAGGGAGAGGAGUAUGUUUGAGCGGAUUGAAGGUGGUGGGGCGAGGGAGGACGAGCGGGAUGGAUAUCGUGGUGGAGGGGAUAGGAGGAGAAGGGAUAGGAGUGACUCUCCGCUGAAAAACGGCCGAUCACUCGCAGCUCCAGAGAACAUCGAUCGAUAUGUUCCCGGAAGGGGUUCGCGAUCGCCAAUUCGUCGUCGCGGGACACCAAGAGAAAGUGGAAGACGACCUGGGGCUAGACGUGAGGAGAGUGGACGGGGCGGAGGAGGCAGACGUGGAGGUAGAGGUGAUGCCGAGGGUGCUGCUGGAGGGGUGGGAGGUAGGAGACCGAAGAAGACGGCUGAGCAGCUGGAUGCUGAGAUGGAGGACUAUUUUGGCAAGGGCGAGAAGGCGGAGGAGAGUAAUGGUGCCGCUCCGAAUAAUGCGGCGAAUGGUGCGGCGUCUGCGGCUGCUGCUACUGCGGACGACGACACCGAUAUGAUAUUGUGA